CCCUUGUUCACCUCGCCAUGUGGAAUGGUCCUGAUAUCCCAUAUCCAGACGUAGCAGCCGUCGUUCUGGGGCUGCCCGUCAUGUAUAUAUAUACGUGAUCUGAUUUUCUUGUUCUCAUUGCUUUUUUCUUUUCUAGAGUAUCAUCACACGCGCCCCAAAACAGUUCAACAUCUUACUUGUCAUAUCUCAACUCCACCAGCAUUCUUCUGCAGACUUGUACCUUUCCAAAACCAAAAAAAAAAAAAAAAAAAAUCACAUUCCAACACUAGCCAUAAUGAGCAACGGCGGCGGUCAAGGUGGCGGUUACUACAAGUACCGGUGCAAGCACUUUUACACUUACAACUGCAUGAAUUGGGUCUGGGUCAACUACGCUGCUUGUGCUACUUGCUUGGCAAUGGGACGGGGAGAAGAAUCGGAAGUCGUGCCAUCGGCAACACGCUUCGAGAUUCGCGUACCCCGGGCACUAGAUGGCAUGUUGUCCUACGAAUCAACCUGGGUUGCCCCUCCCGUCUUUACAGGAUUGACCUCAACAUUCAAUACCGGCAAUCCAUCUUUGGGCGCUCGCAACAGCUCGACCACCAACCUUAGUGAUUUCACUCCGGCAUUUAGAGGGUCUCCUCCCGAGGUCUUCCCCACAACAAUGACAACAAGCGACACACCUCGGCCUGUCAUGAGCACGACAGGCCUUCACCGAAUGGGUUAGACAGAAAGAGGAGGCAACACCAGAUACGCAGAAACAUAAUGAUGGACAGAAAUAUCCUAUAGGUUAUCACGUUUUACAUACCGGUUGCCUUUUUGUGCCAGAGAUUCGACACGGGAAAAUAUUGGCUCGAAUAAAUUGAUUGAGACGGGGGAAAGGAAGGACUCGGAUACCGGCGUGUUUUUAGGCUCCAUGAGAUUGCUGUUUUGAUACCCCCCAUACGUACAGAUUUUCAAAGGGCAUUCAUUGGGUUACUUCUUGCGAUUUCAUUUCUCUUUUGAGCAGUAACAGCACACAGACUGAACGUGUAUCAAUUACUGUCUUGUG